AUGCCGCCGAAGAGAGGAAACGGCAACAUCAUUGAAGAACGAUUCCAGAGGAUAGAAGAUCGAUUUCAAGGGAUGGAUGACCGUUUCACUGACAUCAACACCGGGAUCGAGGAAUUGCAACAUGCUAUGCGUACCAUGAUGACAGAGGUUCGUACGAACCGCGACGCCAGCGACCGGGGCGCGCGCGGAGGGUUUCGCGGAGGUAGGGGAGGACGCGGCUUUGGCAGGGCGCCCCGCCAGCAGCAACCACUGCCUCUGUCUGGCGAUGAGGAGGAUGAAGAGACGGUAAGCCUCGAUAAUCCGAUCGCGACGGAGCAACGCUGCGGCCAUGGCGGGCAUCGUUGGCACCCUGAGUUUGCGGGUAGCGGAGAUCGAAGGCGCGAAGCUAGGGUUUACCAUAGGGACGGGUUCGAGGAUGAUGACAGUACUGGAGAAUUUGACGAGGGUACAGGCUCGGAUUUUGAUGACGACAAGGUUCGCGGUCGUGGCUGGGGCGGUCGCGAUCGGGAAUUUCCGCGACGGGCAGCGUACGGUAGCGGUGGGGGUUUUGAGCGAUUUGGUCAGUACCAACGUGACGGCAGGCGCCCGAUAGAACGGGGCGAUGAGUCACGAUGGGAAGCGGGUUUAGGGUGGAUAUUCCAGAGUUUGCAAGAGGCGUGGACGGCUCGGAUUUUAUCGAGUGGUGGGCUUCGGUUGAGGCUGUUCUUCGAUUUAAGGGGGUCCCGGAGGAUAGACGAGUUGCUUUGGUUGCUACUCGUUUUCGAGGUCGAGCGGCAACGUGGUGGAUGCAACUCACGAGCAUGCGACAUCGUCAAGGGAAACCGGAGAUCACAUCGUGUGCGUGAUAUGUUGAAACUUUUCUGCCCAGACUCUGUUUCCGAUGCCCACCAACGGGAACUUCUUGUUGAGGUUCAUUUUGCACACAAGACGACAGUGGCGACGGGGUGGUCGUCGCGCCCAGGGGGAUCCGCGGGCGGCGCAGUGAUACCGACACGACCAGUGGUGGCGACGGGCAGUGGACUAGGCCAGGGAGCGGCACCGGCGCAUGUGGCAGGGUCAGACAGGCCCUACCAGCGGGCUACAGGGGGCGGCGGACAGCAGCUCUCACCGGCAGCGGCGCGUGCAGUGGCCAGGCUUCGGUGUUUUGGGUGUGGCGAAAUGGGCCAUCGUCAGGCGAUCUGUCCGAAGGGUGCGGCGACGCGGGUCUUAUUUACGGAGGAUGUGGGAGACUAUGUCCCGGCGAGGAUUAUGUGGGACCGCCGGUUUACGAUGUCGACCCAGGGGAACUUGAGGAAUAUGACCGGAGACGUGGGGACGACACUGGUCAUUCGCCGUACGUGUUUUGUACCGCGGGGGUCGAGUGAUACACCGGUGGAGAGACACCAUCUGUUCGAGUCUACUUGCACAGUCGGUACAAAGGUGUGUCGUUUUAUCAUUGACUCGGGCUCGUGCGAGAAUGUCAUAUCUUAG